UGCAUCUUUAGCGGAGUAGAAAGAAGUUUUUGUUUCUCUGUGUAGGUCAUUCUAAGGAGGGUAAAGGGAAUAUCAGAAAGGGGAGAAUAAGUUGAAAAUGCACUCAUUCCUGGUUGAACAGAGGAUUGUAUUUCUAUCAAAUUCGACCUGCAGUCAUCAUUUAACUCGAAGGUUCUUCAAAUCUAGGCCCAAAUUCUAAGGAUUGGACCCAAGUCCAGACGGCCAUUUUCUAGAAGCAACGACAUCAUUUUAUGAGGAACAUGACUACUGUAACGUUCUCAGUUUCCCGGCCACCGAACUCCAUGCUCCAAAAGCUGCAAGCACAUAGAAGAGCUAAGAGAGAGAGAGAGAGAGAAAGAGAUGGAGAGAUUGAGGAAGCUAGAAGAGAUGCAGAGGAUGAUGAUUUUGAUGGAAUCUCACGGCAUUCUUACGAAUUCAUCCGAUCAUGAUUCUACUCGCUUCGUCGCCAAUCUCAUCUUCUUCCUUAUUCAACCUUGUGGGGAGCUUGACUUUGACCAAAAAUGGACAUUGGUUUCUGAUUGCAUUCCUAAAAUGUCUGCUGGGUUUCUAGAGGAAGCAUCGCUCUGUGUUAGUCGGGAAGGCUAUAAACAACACACUGCUGAAAAGGCUUUGCAGCUUAACGUUGAGUACAAGUCAGAUUCAGAUCUGUCUCAAACUAAUUUUGGACAAAUGGCUAUGGUUGGGAUGGAUGCGAUGCAACGAUCAAAUUCUACGCUUGAAGAUUUUUGCAGAUCUUACUUUAUGUUUCAUGGUUUGGAUUCAACACAACCACAACAAAUAUUCAGAUAUUUACCUGUACUUUCAUUCACAGAAAGUUAUAUCUAUCAGCUGGAUAGUUUGAAUGAGAAGAUGUUGAAUUCAACAAGCUAUGAAGUUGCAUUUUCUGAAAGAGGAUCUAAGGACGCAGAUAUGAGGUUAAUUUCUAUGUUCCAUAAUGUGUUCAAAAAUGAUCCAUUCAGACCACUGGCAGGUGUACUUGAAUUUCAUGGGCUUUUGACCAAAAGGAUAGAACAACAAUUUAAGUGUGGAGAAGAGUACUGGGCUCUAGAACGAGGGCUUUGUUCUGCAAUUAUUGACAGAAAGGAGAUACAUGUUGAAGAUGUGAUAAAGGCGAUUCAUUUGAAAUCCUUUGAUUAUCGAGUACUGAAUCUUCUCUUGUAUCAGUUGAGAGGAGAACAGGUUAAUGAGUUGCACAUGGAUUUCCUUUCGGUCUCAGAGUUCCUGGUAGAAGUUGCUGAUGACCUGUUUGACUACGAGGAUGAUGUGGUAGAAAACAAUUUCAAUAUUUUGCGCAUGUUUGUCCGAAUAUAUGGAGCUUCAGCCCCAACUAUGCUGGCAAAACACAUAACCGAGGCUGAAGAGAAGUACAACGCUAUGUUGAAAACCUUAGAUUCACAACUGUCCUUGAAUUACCAGAGAAGAUGUGAAGAAGCCACUAAAGAAGGAGGGAAUAAGUCUGGGCAUCCGCUGGGAACAUGGAGUAUACCACCAUUAAUAUUAGAUGAAGAAUUAUAUCGGUCCAAUCUGCUGGAUCCCAAAUGAGCAAUUUUGACCUUUUUAUAUUGACAUGGCUAAGGUAGAAUGUUUUUUUUUAUUUUUUGUUACCCAUUUCAAUUUUUACCCAGAUGUUGCUACCUAGUUGGUGCUACACAGACUUGAUACUUAUUGCAGUAUUAUUUUGGUGCAAUUGGAAGAUCUGAAACCAGAACAUUUAUUUCCAUAAUAUUUGAAAGAAAUUUUCGAUCUGAAA